AUGCUCCAUCAAUCCGCGGUCAUUCUCUACCAGCGUGGUAUCGAAUGGGAAAACCCUUGCGAACAAUGUGAGACAUCUGGCACUUUUAGGAAGUGCGUCGUGGGGUUCGAGUACGACUCGGCUGGCACGACUCGUGCUUUCUUUCAGGGACCGUGUGCGAAUUGCCUUUGGAAUGGCAAGUCAGCGAAGUGUGGUUAUUACCUCGGUCGCACCCAAGGUUGGAAUUCCGAUGAUGAUGUCACGAUUCUUCAGGCUGGCGGUUUGUUGCGGGCUUUGGACAGUGGUCCCGCUCUGAAGGAUAUCCCUCCCAAGGUGGAGGAGAUCGCUGAUGACUCCGCCGAAAGACAGUCAAAGACUGCUGUCCUCGAAAAUGAUCCAUUUCGUUUCUUACUCGAAGAGCGAAAUGACAAAGCUGAAGAACACCAAAGCACAUGCACAACGCAUGGCUCGGUCGAUGUCGAAUCUGACUCUACGGAAGAAUGUCCGCAGGUCUCGCCGGUCAAAGAUAUCGCAGGAAAGUCACCAACAGAACUAUCAGACAGGAUUGUUCAGCCCGCCCAGCAAGCCAUGCAAUAUUUGUCGAAACCGAGGCAGCUCUUUCAGGUAGUUGGAUGUUCAAAAAGAAAUGGCCUACCGCAUGUCCUGUUGAGAGGUACAAUCACGAUCUGUCCUCCAUUGUCCAGCGAUUCGGCCUCAGUUGCCGAAGCGAUGCUGCUGCGCACCCUACUCCUUGCUCUGCUGAACCGUGCCCGCCACUCCUAUGAUUACCGCACGUUCAUGGCAGCUCGGUUAGAGAUACUGGCUCUUAUCAACCAGAGACCUUUCGCGACGGCCGUGUCGUUCUCCGCGAAGGAGCACUCCAAGACUACUACCACCAAAACGCUUUUCCUGGCAGACAUUCAGCGCGUCUGGGAGGCCUCCUUGAUCCUGCUUCGGGCUAGAGAAUCUGUGGUUCCGGCCAACUGGGCUUUAGAUGCGUAUAACGGUGCAGAGUUUAUGGCAACCAUGUCUGGGAACAAACAACAACGUGGAAUGUCCUGUCCCCUCCCGCUCAUCGCACCAGCGCUCCCGCCGCCGCCGCUACAGGGAGAGUCUCUGGAGGCAGACAUUGACUACCAUAUGGACCGAGGCUGA